CUUCUCCAUCCCUUUCUUCCUCUCUGCCUUACAUACUUUCUCAAGGCAGAGAGAGAAAGAACAAAGGAAAACAAAGGAAAAAUAGCAAUAGCAAUAGUUUCCAACUAUGUCUGCCUUUCAGGACUUCGGGCCCCUCUCAGAGCGCCGAAGGGCCGAAAGGCAGCAGAAGAAGCGCAAGCGCAUCAUGAUCGCCGGCGCCUCCGUCUCUGUCAUCCUCAUCCUCGCCGCCGUUGGCGUUGCUGCCGUCAUGUACCAAUCAAAGCAUCACACCGGGCAUAACAAAAGCUCCUCCACCUCCAACAACAAGGACUUGCAGUCCACCACCCGGGCCAUCAAGCUGGUAUGCGGCGCGGUCGAUUACAAGGAGGCCUGCGAGUCCCGCAUGGCGAAGGCCGUGAACACCACGUCGCCCAAGGCCCUCAUCCGGGCCUCGAUCUCCAUCGUCGUCGACGAGGUCGCCAAGGCCUUCAACAAAUCGGACUUGAUCAAGAGCGACGAUCCCAUGGUGCAAGGUGCGAUAGAGGAUUGUAAGGAGCUUUUCCGGGACUCCGCCGACGAGCUCGCGACGGCGUUGGGCAACAUCGAUGCACACACGUUGGAGCAGGUACCGAAGCAAUCCAGCGAGCUACGGAACUGGCUGAGCGCCGUCAUGUCGUACCAGCAGACAUGCAUCGAUGGAUUCCCUAAUGGGGAGUGGAAGGAUAAAAUGAAGGAAGCCAUGAAGUCGGCAAAAGAGUUGACGAGUAAUGCACUGGCUAUCAUCGAGGAGGCAUCACAUUUCCUUUCAUCGGUCAAAAUUCCGGCGGGCAACGGCCGCCGCCUCCUUGCGGAGGGGCAAGAGGCGGCCCCUCACAAGGAUGCAGGCUUCCCUUCAUGGCUAUCCAAGGAGGAACGUAGGCAUCUCGAGGAGGAGGGGCAGGAUGGCCAGGACGGCCCGCGUGCGACGAAGAACCUCAAGCCCAACGUCACGGUGGCGAAGGACGGAAGCGGAGACUUCAAAACCAUUUCAGAGGCACUGGCUCGAAUGCCAAAGAAGUAUGAAGGAAGAUAUUUUAUUUAUGUGAAGGAGGGGGUCUAUGAGGAGACCGUGGUUGUGGAUAAGAAGAUGGUCAAUGUGACCAUGUUCGGGGAUGGAUCGAGGAAGACCAUCGUGACUGGAAGCAAGAACUACGUGGAUGGCACCAGGACGUACCAAACCGCAACCUUUGCGGCCCUAGGAGACGGCUUCAUGGGCAUAGCCAUGGGGUUCCGCAACACCGCCGGACCGGAGAAGCACCAGGCGGUGGCCCUCCGCGUCCAGGCGGACCGCGCCGUCUUCCUCAACUGCCGCAUGGAGGGCUACCAGGACACGCUCUACGCCCAGUGCCACCGCCAGUUCUACCGCAGCUGCAUCAUCGCCGGCACCGUCGACUUCAUCUUCGGCGACGCCGCCGCCAUCUUCCAGAACUGCAUCCUCGUCGUCCGCCGCCCCCUCGACAACCAGCAGAACAUCGUCACCGCCCAGGGCCGCAUCUCCCCACGCGAGACCACCGGCUUCGUCCUCCACCACUGCCGCUUCACCGCCGACUCCAAGCUCGUCCCCGACAAGGACAAGAUCCGCAGCUACCUCGGCCGCCCAUGGAAGGAGUACUCGCGGACCGUCAUCAUGGAGUCGGAUAUCGGAGAUUUCAUCCACAAGGAUGGCUACAUGCCGUGGGAGGGCGACUUCGCGCUGAAGACGUUGUUCUACGCCGAGUACAAGAACAAGGGGCCGGGCGCCGACACGUCGGCGAGGGUGCAGUGGCCCGGGUUUAAGGUCAUUUCUAACCGGACGGAGGCCGUCGGCUUCACGCCGGAGGUGUUCAUCCAAGGUCGUGAUUGGAUCAAGAGAACAGGGGGGCCGGCCCCUGUCCCAGUUCGCCUGGGUCUAUAUUAACGUGAGAGAAAGGGAUACAGGGAGAGCGGUAGAUUUGUUGUUUGUGUUGCACUGUACGUGGAAGCGAUGUUGGUGAUAUGAGAUAUGAUCUUAAUGAAGUUAGGUGCAAGGUUUUCAAAUCCCAAUAUUUUUGGACCGAGCUCUCAAAUUAUAUAUAUGAUAAAUUUGAGAUCACCGACUAUAUUUAUACAUUGACCUUUA